ACACACACACACACGGUUAAUGGUUGUGAGUUUGGUCUGACCGUAAAUAAUCCUCACAGAUUUUGUUCCUCGGCUAAAGCAAACAGAAUCUCAGAGACACAGAAACAAAAGGACAGAAUAUGGCCAUUUUUAACAAUAUAAAAAUGGCAUGUUGGGGUUCUGGGCAUCUGUUUGUUGUUCUGCUUCUGUGCUCCACUUUGGCUGAGACCAGCAUUACUGAAAGGACAUUUUCUGGCCAUUCUGAUGAUAAAAUAUGUAUGGCUGAUGAAACAAGCAAUUUUAGGAGCUUUGAUGCCAUCGCAGGACGAUCUAAGGGAAAUGGUACCGGCCGGCUGCUGGUGGUGCCGAUGGACGGGAGCCACUGGACCACCGUGAAGGCCGUGGCAGAGGAAAUGGGCCGCAGAGGCCACACCGUUCUGGUACUGAUGCCGGAGGUCCGUAUGCGCCUGGAUUUUGGGAAGCAGUACAUGAGCAAAACAUUUCCAGUUCCGUACACAAAGGAUCUGUUUACCCAACUGUCCAAAUCUUCCCAGCAGAUGAUUGGUUCUACAGCUGGUCUGAUGGAGAGAAUCUCAUGGAAACUAAAACACUUGAGAGAGAUUAUGAAUCUAAUAAGCUCCACUACUGAGAGUUUAUUGUUUAACUCGGAGCUGGUGGAGUUUUUAAGAAAGCAGGAAUUUGAUGCGGUACUGACAGACCCUGUAAUGCCAACUGGAGCUAUUUUAGCCUACAACCUGUCUCUGCCUGCCAUCUACAUGCUUCGUGGUUUACCAUGCGGCAUGGAUGCUAUCGCCACCGCCUGUCCUGACCCUCCAUCCUACGUCCCCCGGUUUUUCACUAAACACACCGAUUGCAUGUGCUUCUCUGAGCGCGUGUUAAACGUGAUGGUGUAUUUGCUGGAACCUGUGAUGUGUAAGAUACUGUACUGGUGGUUUGAUGAUGUGGCCUCACGUUUCCUGCAGCGCAGCAUCAGUAUGACAGAGAUCCUAAGUACAGCUGCCGUGUGGCUGCUGAGAUACGAUUUCACCCUGGAGUUCCCCAAACCACUAGCACCCAACACUGUGCUGAUUGCAGGACUGAAUUGUGCCGUUACUAAGCCUUUGGACCCGGAGGUGUUGGAGUUUGUGGAAAAAUCAGAAAAUGGAAUUAUAGUUUUCACACUUGGCUCAUUAGUACCAGCAAUGCCAAAAGAGAAAGCAGCCAUUUUCUUCCAGGCCUUCAGCAGAAUCCCUCAACAAGUGUUGUGGAGAUAUGCAGGUGAAGUUCCUCAAGACAUACCUGAGAAUGUGAAGCUGAUGGAGUGGAUUCCUCAGAACGACCUUCUAGGUCACCCAAAGGCAAAGGCGUUCAUUACUCAUGGUGGCUCACAUGGUAUUUAUGAGGGGAUUUGUCACGCUGUUCCCAUGGUGAUGAUACCACUCUUUGGCGAUCAGGGAGAUAACGUGCAGCGAUUGGUUAGUCGUGGAGUGGGUGUGGCCGUGAACUUUUACGACAUCUCAGCGGAUGUGCUGGUCAACGCCCUAGAUGCUGUAAUCAAUGACAGCAGUUAUAAAGAGAAGAUGAUGAAACUAUCUGCUCUUCACCAUGAUCAACCAAUAAAUCCACUGGAUCUUGCAGUUUAUUGGACAGAAUAUGUAAUGAGGCAUAAAGGGGCGGAACAUCUACGUUCAGCUGCUCAUAACCUUAACUGGUUCCAGUUUUACAGUCUUGAUGUGUUUGGCUUUCUGCUGGUUGUCAUGGUGAUUGUUGCCAGAGUAAUGAUGAAAUGCUGCAUGCUGGGUUUAAUAUGCUGCAGGAAUUUACAGAAGAGGAAAGAGAAGUAAAAAAGUUGCUUUUUUUACAUACUCAACAAUGUAUAUUACAGUUAAGUGUUCGAGUUACAGAGUUAGGAAAUUGUACAACAUUUUUAUUGGUCAAGUUUUUAUUACUCUUCCAGGCAUAUUUCCUUUUUCAGGAUUCCAGAAGCUGAGGGAAGAACUGAGUAUUUAAAAAACACACAAGAAAUAUACCCAAUUUAUAUCUUCUUUAAAUAAUUAGAUAAAUUAAUAAUUAAAAUGAGAAAUUAAGAAGAUAUAAAUUGGGUCCAGUUUGGAGUUAGGGAUAAUAUCAAAGUUGGGGUAGAGAUUAUGAUAAGUAGAGGGUUUGGGGUCAGGCUUCUGGUUAGCAGUUGUGGGAAAAUAAUUUUAAGUCAUUGUUUUAUUUCCUUUUAGUUGUAGCAUAUUUAUGUGGAUCAUGUAGAAGCUCAAUCAAGUUACAAUGCUAGUUAAAUUCAAACUUUACAUUAGACUUGUGGUUCCUGUAUCUCAUACAUACAGGAAAUUAAAGGGGCAAUUUAUCUCGGGGUAUCAUCUGUCUCUUUGUGUCAUUUGUCCCAUUGUUAUGUUAAUGGGAUUAAGGGUGAAAUCCCAGGAUCUGGUGUGUGGGCUGUUACAUCCUUUCAUGCUUUGAUUGUCACCCGAGUGUUUUGUCUCUAU